CCUGUGAAGCAGUACCUACUACGUACUGUCUUAUAAUUUUAUAAUACGAUUUAUUUGUGUUAAGUUCUUGCCAAAGAAUAUUCACUAUAAUACAUAUUUCAACGACUGUGAAAUACAUACUUCGUUAAGAUAAUAUUUAUUGUAUUAAAUCAUUCGCUUCCGUAAAAUAUUUUACUUCCUACUUUGUUAGUGAUAAAUUGACUCAAUUCUCAGUAAUAACUAAUAUCAAACAUGGCUAUGUCAAAAUCAACAAACACAUACAAUCGUCAAAAUUGGGAAGAUGCUGAUUUCCCGAUUUUAUGUCAAACAUGUCUCGGUGAUAACCCCUACAUUCGAAUGACAAAAGAAAAAUAUGGUAAAGAAUGUAAAAUUUGUAUUCGUCCAUUCACUGUGUUCCGUUGGUGUCCCGGAGCGAGAAUGCGUUUCAAGAAAACCGAGAUUUGUCAAACAUGCUCUAAAUUGAAGAAUGUUUGUCAGACCUGUCUCCUAGAUCUUGAAUAUGGGUUGCCAAUUCAAGUCCGAGAUGCUGCCCUUAAAGUACAGGAUGAUUUACCCCGUAAUGAGGUUAAUAAAGAAUAUUAUAUCCAGAAUUUAGAUAGCCAAAUGUCUAAGUUUGAUCCAACUCAGCCUAGCAAUUCAGCAUUGAAAUCAAAGGGUGCCUCAGACCUUCUAUUACGAUUAGCGAGGACUGCACCUUACUAUAAAAGAAAUAGGCCUCAUGUAUGUUCAUUUUGGGUAAAAGGCGAGUGCCGAAGAGGUGAAGAGUGUCCAUAUAGACACGAGAAACCUACAGAUCCUGAUGACCCAUUGGCCGACCAAAACAUCAAAGACAGAUACUAUGGUGUUAAUGAUCCUGUGGCUGAGAAGUUGAUGCGUAGAGCGGCUGCUAUGCCAGCUCUUCCUCCCCCUGAGGACAGAACAGUCACCACAUUGUACAUUGGUAACCUCCCAGAGAAUAUUGUUGAGGAAGAGUUAAGAGGACAUUUUUACCAAUAUGGGGAGAUACGAUCCCUCACAUUAGUGCCAAGAGCUCAAUGUGCAUUUGUGCAAUACACAACUCGCAGUGCAGCUGAACAUGCUGCAGAGAAAACUUUCAACAGACUAGUUAUAGCUGGAAAGAGACUUACAAUAAAGUGGGGUAAAUCACAAGGCCGGCAAGGUACCAAUGAGAAGAGCGAACCGCCACCACCGCUAGAACCUGUUCCUGGUUUACCGGGGACUCUGCCGCCACCACCUGCUUUCCUACAUCCGUUCCCACCACAAAUGCCACCGCCGCCCAGCCGGCCGAACGACUUCUUCAACCUGCACUACGCGGGCGGCUGGGGCGCUUGGGGCGCUCCGCCGCCGCCCGCGCUGCACUACCCGAGCCAGGACCCCGCCCGCCUCGGCGCGCACGCGCACGCCUCGCAGCCGCAGACCUAGUGCCCGCACUUGUACUACGUCACUCGCACCGGCACCGACUGAACAUUCUCUCCGGCUUAUCGACGUGUACGAUGUCGAUGUGUUUGUGACAUGUUUCCAUAUGAGUCGACCUAUAAAACGAUCUUAACUAAUUCGACAAUAAUGGAACAAAAAAAUAUUAUUUAAGUCUGUAUAAUUAUAAUUAGAGUAAAUUUGAAGUUUUUUACCUAAAGUAAAUGUAUGUAUGUGGAAUCUGAAAAAUCUGUCUCUAUUUUGAAUAUUUGGUGUUAUUCAAAUUUAAUAUUUGAAUGUUAAUAAGAGAAUAUAGUUAAGCUUCGUGUUAAUUAUGGUUAAAGUGUUUAAGAAAUAAAAUUGGUGAGUUAGAUCAAUA